AGUUUGAUUUCAGUAAGCCAAGUGUAAUUUACUAUGCUAUAAGUAAGCAUAGAAUAUCUCAUGGGAUGUGUUUACACGUUAAAAAAAAAAAAAAAGCCCAGGCAGCCCAGCCGCCUGUUCUGGCCCCUCGGGGCCCUUGUACACAUGGAAGCCAUGUGGCCUGCCACCAUGUGACCUGGGGGAUCUGGGUCAACAAGUCUUGCUUUGAUCAGGCUGAGCGGGCUUUUGUGGAGUGGUCUCAGACCUUGCUGCUGGCAGUAGAGGGGAGCCACAGGCAGGGGACUCCUGACACAGGCCAGCAGGCUGUCUCUCCUGACCUGGUCUUGGCCUGCCAGCCUUGCCCACCAACUAAUGGUCAGCCUCCUCUGGGCAGCCUGCAGGCACUGGUUCGGGAGGUGUGGCUGGAGAAGCCCCGGUAUGAUGCAGCUGAAAGGGGCUUCUAUGAGGCCCUAUUUGAUGGCCACCCCCCAGGGAAAGUACGACUGCAAGAACGAGCCAGUCAGGCAGAGGGUGCCCGGAGGGGCCGUAGAGACCGUCGGAGUCGCAAUGCUGUAGGAAACAAGCGAGCUGGGUCAAAACGGGCCGAUGGGGAGGCACCCUCUGCUCUGCCCUACUGGUACUUCCUACACAAGGAUGCAGAGGCCCCCUGGCUCAGCAAGCCUACCUACGACAGCGCUGAGUGCCGCCACCAUGCUGCUGAGGCCCUCCGCAUAGCCUGGCGCCUAGAAGCUGCCUCACUGGCUCACCGACCCAUGCCCCGUUCUGGCCCAUCCAUGUCCAGCCUAAGACCCAACAGAAAAAUGGCUACAAACUUUCUAGUGCAUGAGAAGAUCUGGUUUGACAAGUUCAAAUAUGAUGACGCAGAAAGGAAAUUCUACGAGCAGAUGAAUGGGCCUGUGACUGCUGGCUCCCGCCAGGAGAAUGGUGCCAGCGUGAUCCUCCGUGACAUUGCAAGAGCCAGAGAGAACAUCCAGAAAUCCCUGGCCGGACUCAAGGUGAUGCUGCCCAACUCCCCUGAGGCCCUGGGCCAGGCUACCCCUGGGACUAGCUCAGGCCCUGGGGCCUCCAGUGGACCUGGUGGAGAUCAUAGUGAGCUCAUUGUAAGGAUUGCCAGUCUGGAAGUGGAGAACCAGAAUCUUCGAGGCGUGGUACAUGAUCUGCAGCAGUCCAUUUCCAAGUUGGAGGUCAGGCUGAACACUCUGGAGAAGAGUUCACCUACUCACAGAGCCACAGCCCCUCAGACGCAACAUGUGUCUCCUAUGCGUCAAGUGGAGCCCCCAACCAAGAAGGCGGCCACACCGGCAGAGGAUGAUGAGGACGAUGACAUUGACCUGUUCGGCAGUGAUGAGGAGGAAGAAGAUAAGGAGGCAGCCCGACUACGAGAGGAGAGGCUUCGUCAGUAUGCAGAGAAGAAAGCCAAGAAACCCUCACUGGUGGCCAAAUCCUCCAUCCUCUUGGAUGUCAAACCUUGGGAUGAUGAGACAGAUAUGGCCCAGCUGGAGACUUGUGUACGUUCCAUCCAACUGGACGGGCUGGUCUGGGGGGGCUCCAAGCUCGUGCCUGUUGGCUAUGGUAUCCGGAAGUUGCAGAUCCAGUGUGUGGUGGAAGAUGACAAAGUAGGCACCGACUUGCUAGAAGAGGAGAUCACCAAGUUUGAGGAGCAUGUGCAGAGUGUUGACAUCGCAGCUUUCAACAAGAUCUGAAAGUCCAAGAGUGUGGUUCACGUGUGUGAGGACCUGCUGAGAUUAAAGACAGACUCUGCACUCUG